UCAUGGGGGCCAAGUACAAGAAAGAUGCGGCAAUGGCUGCCGGUCCGCUGGUGGCGCUGCGCAGCAACUGCGAUUCCUCCGCCGCGUCGCCACCGGAUCAAUCGCACGCCUCGGGCUGGCGCCACAACAGAUUCCUCCGUGGCAUUCUCAGAACGUUCAUGAGCUUCUUGCCGAUUCCGGCAUUUCCCCCUUGCAAGUGGCUCGCGCUCCCCCAGGGAUCGUCCUCCUCCUCGCAGCAAUCCGUGGGCAGCAUCGUCGUCGGGACGCUCUACGGCUAUCGUCGCGGUCACGUCUUCCUUGCCGUCCAAGAAGACCCCAAAUCCGAGCCCGUGGUGCUGCUGGAGCUCGCGACGCCGACGAGCUGCCUGGUCCGGGAGAUGUCGUCGGGGCUGCUGAGAAUCGCGCUGGAAUGCGAGCGCGGCGGCAGCAAUCGGGGGUUUCUCUUCCAGGAGUCGAUCUGGUCGAUGUUUUGCAAUGGGCGCAAGGCGGGCUACGCGGUGAGCCGGCAUUGCGGCGCUAGCGAUACCAGGGUCCUGGGUCUCGUCCAGUCGGUAUCCAUGGGCGCGGGGGUUCUUCCCGGGGAGAAUCCCUCGCCCUCUCCCGGCGAGGAGCUCAUGUACAUGAGGGCCAAGUUCGAGAGGGUGGUCGGAUCGAACGAUUCGGAGGCGCUCUACAUGGUGAAUCCCAACGGGAGUGGCGCGCCGGAGCUCAGCAUUUUCUUCCUCCGGAUCUAAGAGGCGAUGACCUCGACUAGCUCUGCAGUGGCAAUGCGAUGGAUCGUCGGUUGCGUGUAAUAUAAGUGUUUGUGUGUGUGUGUCUGUGUGUAUGUGGGCUGUGUGUACAUUUUAGCGUCUGGAUCAGCGCAGCGAACGCUUGGCCGACGAAAGUACUACAACCACACUGUUUUGUCAAUAAGAAGGAUA